CAAGUGUUACAUCAUCUCACUCUUGCAUGUGGGAGGAAUACAUCCUGCACGGCAUCAUGCUCAUUUGUGCAUGCUGUUCUGGUUCAGUUCCAAGGCAAAGCCGCCAAAGUAUGACGCUCUUUUUGGUGAGAAUGAGGAUGCAGCAGUUUACGAGCCAUUGACAUUCAGUCCACUGAGCCUAUCCCCUCACCUGUCUCCCCCAGCCUAUGAUGUGUCAGAGCAACAGGCGCUGGUAGACCGUCUUGUUCACCAAACUGCAGAGAGGAACACUGAUUCUGACGUUGCUGUUGUCUGUCUACCUCCGCCUUAUGAGCCAACAAUUAGAGUUGCCGAUUCUCCCCCAUCGUAUGACUCGCUGUUCGGUCGAGUUAUUGCCGACCACAACCACAGCAGCAGCCGAAUCGACUUUCUAAAAAAGUUCUAUGAACUUUUGAGAGAAACAUUGGGAUGUACCCUGUUCCUGGGAAUCAUCAUGGCAGUUCCGGUGACAAUGAUUGUGAUGGGCUGCAUGCAUCUGUUCGACUGCCCGGCAGAGCAGUACAUUCCCCUGUAUCUCCUAGUGGGAGGCAUCGCCUUAUCAGCCAAGAUCAUCAAGGCCUUCCUGGAGAUGUACACAUGCAAGGACUGUCCCUUAUUCCAGCGUGGGAGGGGCAAAGAUGCACUGGAGGUGCUACUUGUCUUCUUUAUUGUAGGAUGGUUUAUAGCGGGGAACAUGUGGAUAUAUCGAACACAAGGCCAGUUCGACAGUAGGAAUCCUGAAUCCCCAAACUAUUGCUCUCCUUAUGUGUUCUACUUUGCCUUCUGGCUCACAACGUCAGUGUAUAUACUGUUGGCUCUCUUUCUAUGUUGUAUGUAUGGCAUCUCAGCUCUCGGGGGCAAGUCAACAUAGGGGCGGAUCCUCCACUCCGUCACACCACUGCCAUGGGCCAAUUUGCAUAUCAUGUGAUCAGACUUUACUCUUGUUUGUAAACAAACGCUUAUUCUGAAACCAGGAGAGACUGCCUAAUGCCAGCCUUUCGGUGUGCUCUUCAUAUUUGUUUCGCAUCAUAAUCUAUACUUCUACAACUACGACAGUGAUAUGGAUGGUGGCUACAUGUAUUCAUCAAAGUGAAUGUGCUGUUGGCUUUCCGUUGGGCUUCAGUGACAACUCAUGGAGCCGUACAGCCGAUGUCAUCAAUAAAUGACUACACAAAUGGAAAUAGUAUUUCAUGUUUAACGAUGAUUUCUCCACAGAUAUACGUUCAGAUAUGUGGACCUGUCAAACAUGAAACAGACAGAUGAAAAUCAUGCUCUCGAAAUAGAGUGUAAUUGUUACAUGAUAGUUAUCUGUGACAGAAAUAUUCUUCCUAUCAAAAGUUUAGACUCACUAGUGUAAAUAUAGCCACUAAUUCAGGCAACCAGUGUUCUAAACUAAAUUUUGCA